AUGCGUAUUGGCGCUUUCUUCUCAUUGAUUGUCGGUAUCCAAGAGGCUGAUGAGGAGCUCGUUUCAGCGGCUUUUCGACGAAGAAAAUCAGAAAGGAAAAGUCGCCACAAGUUGCCACCGGAAAUCCCCGAACAUUUUCGGGACUUAGUCACGAGAGGUCUCGCUAACUCGAGUGACUAUUUUGAGUUUGUCGAACAACGAGGAGUCGCCCAAAAGAGGCUUGAAGCAAUUUUGGGGAACUCGAUAGAAGAUGAAUCCUCAAUGAGCAUCGUCGCCUCUCCGAUCCUCUUUGUUUCUCAGGUUUUCCAGAACAAAUACAAAAUGAUUCGA